GAGACGUGAAGGCAACACAUGCAGCUGGAAGGGAUCGACCGAAAAACUGGAUCAAGUUCAGGUCAGAGUCUCUGAGACCCCACCUGAAAACUACCAGUUACUGCAGAAUUCCCUCUGAGCUCCUGUGACCUCUGACCUCUGCCAUGACGUCCAUCACAAAAAUCGGUGGAGUGGUGGUCGUCACUCAGGUCAUUCCUCAGGAUGAAGCCUCCAUCCCGCUUCGGACGCCUGCCAGCACACAGGUCCCGCCCACUGCCGUGCAUGCCACGCCCACAACGACGCAGCCCACCACCAAGGUGGACGACAUGACUGCCGCCUUCCUGCGGGGGGAGCCACGGAGCCUCGGGGUGGUUCAGAUCUUCAUCGGCCUGCUGUGUAUUCUCUUCAGCCUGACGGCCGUCUACUCACCGCUGCUGAUGGUCCACGCUCCGUUCGGCCUCGCCGCCUCCUUCGUCGUCUCCGGCUCUCUGGCUGUGGCGGCGGCGAGACGGACUUCGAUCGGCCUGGUCUGGGCGUGUCUGCUGUGGAACGUGAUCUCCGUCCUGCUCGGCGUGGCGGGCGCGGCCUACCUGUGCCGGCUGCUGGCCGAUCGCAGCUUCUCCGAACGGUUCUGCGAUGCUGAGACCUGGGGGGGGGUCGUGCCUACGGAGAAAGAGAGGACUACGUGCAUGAAUGACAUGUGGAUACUGAAUGUGUCGGUGUACGGACCUCUCGGGGUGCUCCUGGUUCUGCACGUCCUGCAGGUUUGUGUCGGCAUCACCGUCUGUGUGUUCUCUGGAAAAGCCAUCGGACGCCGCGACCGCUACACCCCCAUCACGGUGGAGGUGGACGACAGCAGCGCUCUGCUCGGCGCCGCAGCGUCGACUCAUGGCAGCGACGUCGCCCUGCUGGACGGCGAUGGAGAGGAAACCCGCACAUCGCCUCCAAACUCACCGUGAGAGGGGAGGACAAGUCCGCUGAAUACCACUAGUAAUACUACAGUAAUACUACGAGCAGAGUACUAUAAUACUGUGCCUGUCGCUAUAAUCCUUCAUCGUCUUUCCGACAGUUUCUCUCUCGCUGCUUUUCAUUAGUUGAGAUUUGCUGCUGCGUCGCUUUGACGGGUCAAACUGAUGAUGUCACGCUGCCUUCAGGGUCAUUUAGGGCUCAGUCUGCUGCAGCUGUGCUUGUGUUUAAACACACACUCUACUGAAUUAGUGAUUGUAAAGCAUCGUGUCAGGGCGAGCUGAGGUACGGCGACGCCAGGAAUCAGAACCAAGUAGAAAAGAUUUUAAUGCUGAUUCACCAGAAGACGCUGAAAGUAAAGUGAAGGCAGGCCGCGUUAAAACGAAGCUUUCUGAAGGGAGUCUGGUGACCCUGCAUCACAAAGCAUCCCUGCAUCCCUGAUGUCUCUCACUCGUCUUCAGUCUCGCAGCGAUCGCUCACCGCUGAGGACGGCUAACGGCAGCAGCUAACAGCUGACUCAGCAGACCGGUACUGGUGGGGGGGGACAGAAGUCUCACUUCAUUUUACUGUUGCUGACUCUUUGAUUCUCUGUUUUCAUGUGUGUGCACUUUACCAGAAAACCAAAACACAAGAAACAACCCCACCAAACGAAAGAAAAACAGCCGAUGACGCUUGUUACCAGGUGAAAAUAUGGAAAUAUGAUCCAAAAAAGAUGUGAUUGGUACGAAAGUUGUUCUGCGAAGCUUCUGUUUGUAUUCUUUCUGAAUGCUUUUCUGUCUGGUUGAACUUCAGUCACUCAAUAAAAUGAAGAUUUUUUUUCCA